ACCAGGAGAUCUGGGUCCCAUCCUCUGAGGAAAGACAGGGCAUGAACGACGAGACCUGCGUUUCAUACAGCGAUAUGACAUCCAUGGAUUCAUAUUAUAGCCACACUGCAGCGCAAGGUAGGGAUCACCAGACGGACCACUUUAGGACAUUCCCAGCCACUGACACCAAAUACAGCCCCACUGCCUUCCUGCCCAGCAAAGGUCAGGCUUACGGAGAAAAGUCCCGGAGUCCAUUCCAGCAGGAGUGCCAGUCAUUGGAUGCCGCCGCAGCUGGGCAAGGCACUUUCAGCAAAUACCACCUCUUCAUGCAGAGGUCUUCUUGCAAAACACCCCCCGAGGAGAGCAAACUGCACCAGGAGAGCGGACACAACGGAGCGCUCAUCCCAUACUGUGGUAAAGACAGCUCAGGUCUGACAGACUCUGACUUGGCCCCGGACUCGGACCCACCUGGAAUGGACACCAGUUACCUGUCUGUGAAGGAUCAGGGCGUGAAGGCGGCCUCUGAUAGGCCACCAGGCACAGAUUUGUCAAGCCCUCUGGACAAAGGUGAUGGCGGCGAAAGCAACAAGGGCAAGAAGAGACGCAACCGCACGACCUUUACAAGCUACCAGCUAGAAGAGCUGGAGAAGGUUUUCCAGAAGACGCACUAUCCUGACGUUUACGCCCGAGAGCAGCUGGCACUGCGGACUGACCUGACUGAAGCCCGUGUGCAGGUGUGGUUCCAGAACCGAAGAGCAAAAUGGAGGAAAAGGGAACGUUUUGGUCAAAUGCAGCAGGUCCGGACACAUUUCUCAACAGCUUACGAGUUGCCUCUUCUCACACGUCCUGAGAACUACGCACAGAUUCAGAACCCUUCUUGGAUCGGUGGCAGCAGUGCAGCAUCUCCCGUGCCGGGCUGCGUUGUGCCCUGCGACACUGUCACUCCCUGUAUGACACCUCAUCCCCACUCUGCCAGUGGGAUGUCUGAUUUUCUGGGCGUGCCGAGCCCCGGAGGUCACAUGGGACAGCCUCACAUGGGCAGCCUGUUUGGAGGAUCUCCUGGCAUGCCCACAGGCAUCAACACGUACGAUCUCAACAUGGACCCUGACCGCAAGUCCUCCAGUAUUGCCGCUUUGCGCAUGAAGGCCAAAGAGCACAGUGCAGCCAUAUCAUGGGCCACAUGAUGUGUUGAUACCUGCUGGAUGGGGGACUUUGUUGACCCCCUGAAAUGUCUACAGAAACCCAGAAUGGAGUGAGGGGGCACUAUGAUUAAAAACUCUUAAGGCAACAGUGACUACCUUCAUAAAUGUUGCAAUAAAUUAAAUAUGCAAAUACACGGAUGGGUGAAGAUUACUCAAAGAGAAAACAACAAGAGAUUUGGCGAGAUAAGUGGCGUGGCACUGCCAUGUUUCUCAGCGCCUCUGGUGGGAGAAAGCAACCACAGUGAGAGAGAGUGAGCUUUGUGGAAAGCUUAGUGGGAGGUGAUGCUGUACUGUAUAAGAUGAGUUGCAGUGUAGUGGUGAUGCUAGGCGAAGGAAAAUGUUUAAUAAUUUCAGACAAAUCCAUGCACUUAUUUGCUAAAAAUACAGGAAAUUCUGUUUGUACAGUGCUUUUAGCGUCAUUGUAGUUCUCUGUUCAGGUGCUGUUUUACUCCUACCUUAUUAUUUAAAUUUUGAGUGUUAUUGGUUUUUUUUUCUCUCCAGUCAUGCAAGCAUCCUUAAAAAAACCUGAAAUUCAAGUUUAGUUGUUAUAUGUCAUGUACAUAUUUUUAUAAGGUAAUCAUUAUCAGCCUUAGCACACCCAGAAGUGUGUUCGAUCGCACUGCGCCUAUGCUACAGAAAACUGUUUAUAUCCAGCAUAUCUGAUGCAUUAUGAAGCUUCUCAGAUUCAACACAAACAUUUCAGUUGCUAAAAAAAAAAAAAAAAGAAGUUUGAAGUGGCUCUAGCAUUUACAAGUCAAACAGACGAAAUGUGGUUUGCUUUAGUGCGGUCAGGGUGAGAGAUCCACCUGCCACACUGACUCCGAGCCUGCUGAUGGUCAGAGGGAGGAAGGGAUGGAGGAGGAAGUGGUGUGUGGGAGUAUGAGAGGGGCACAGCAGGCCUGCUGCUCUCAGGGCUGAAGAGCCUGGGAGCGCCAGCCUCCAAACAGAGCCAGCUCUGUUUUCAAGGAGGACAGACUCUGAGUGGACAUGACUGUGCCCCCUUGCAUUUCCAGUCUCAGGAGUUCUAGAGAGAGAAGUGCCUACUAGUCAGUCAUUUGGCCAGAAAUAACAGCAAAACCAGCAGCAGGGACCUUUGAAACAGAGGAGGCUGGUGGAGAUUUCACAGUGUGUUGACACUCUUAAACACUGAAAGGAUGUCAGUGUUCAACAGCUUUUUUUUCCGGAUUUUAACAUGGCUAUGUUUGGCUGACAUAGCCGACCAGUAAAUGGUCAUGAGGCAGCAUAAGUGUUUUUGUAUUUCAUUCUCUUGUUCUCAUUAUUUCUGUCAAAACCAAACCAAGGAAACCAUCCAUCACAUCAAUGCAGAUUAAACUGCAUUGCCUUUUGGCUAUAUACAUCUCAGCUGAAUGAAAACGAGACUCAGAUGGUUUGUUACACAGAAUUACACAGAUUCUCGCAUCUCGAGCUGGAUGUGGCAUCUUGGACAACUCGUCCUCCAUCUAGACAGCGAAGUCCUGUUUUUACACAUCUAACAUAUCUUAAUUAUUUUGGAUAACUGUGUUUUUAGUCAGUGAGGCAACAGGAAGAGUCUUCUUUGGGAAUGAUGUUACAGAUGAUGUACUAGCAAAGCUUUAUUCAGAGACACAGACUCCCAGAUUCAGUUGUUUUUGGUAAUUUGAUUAGUUAAAAAUUUGUGAAUUUGCACCGUUAAAGUGCAAUAUCAACUGUGUCCUGCAUUUUCAUGUGAUCUUGUGAUCAAAAUCUAAAACCUUGAUUAUUAUAAUUUAUAACGCAUGGUGUUUAAUUCUACAAGUGGUGUUUAAUGAAAUGACUGUACAACAACUGACUCCGAAAACCUGGGAUGUUCACUCUAUAGUUAGUGUGCAUCACUGUCCGUGAUGGGAACUUUGAGAGGACAUGGGCUCAACAGCAAAUGUUAACCACAAACAGGUUAAUCCUGUCAUGUCAACACAUAAAAAUAGUUGCGUUGUGUAUUGUGUAGCAGAAGGCACAAUGACAACGCAGAUAGUGUCCCAAGUUACAGGAUGGAGUUGUGGGUCAAGUUUUUGUUUUGCAGCCCCACUAGUUUUUUUGGCAUGAUAUCUGAGCAGGACCUGUCCGGUUAAAGCACCGUCAGUAAUCUUGUUCCUUGUUUCCACUCCCUGUUUGCAUCUAUCUAGGCUUGGAACAAUAUGUUUGUGUCUCUCUCUGUGGAAAAAGAAGAGAAGGAGAACCAGCCAGAAAUAAGCCCCACGCUCUGUGUCCAGAUCAUAACCUUCAUUCAAAACCAACAUUCAUGUCCUCGUAUCAUUCAAAUCUUCGCAUUGUAAAACUCGUUUUCCCCUGGUGACUGCCUCCACCAGUGACAGAAAUAGUAGAUGAGGGUUUACCAAUGAGGUUAUGCAUGCUCUUCCUUUGUUUCCAAUGCCUUGAUUUAGGCUUGAAGCAUAACAAAAGCUUUCGUGGUUUGAAAAACAAACCCGAUACCUUGUAGUACACCUUCAGGCAGAGUAACCAUUGCUAAUUCUCUAAGCUGAACCACAUUCACCGUCCUUCUGGGCAGGUAAGAGAAUCAGGGUGUAAGCUAUAACCUGUCAGCAGAGCAGAUCACCCUGGAGUCUUGCAAAAUUACAUCCGGUUUUACUCUUCAGCACAAAUCCAAGGCAUAUGCAUAAUCCUGACUACAGAGCGCAUAUCUCAAAAUUAUGAGGGUCUCCUUGCAAAUGUGGACAUUGGGGGCCCCCUGCGCUCUAGCUGAGGGGUUGGACGGAGGGCGAGCCGUGAGGGCGUCUGCUGUGUUCCGGUGUUCUGGGAAAAGGACAGUGCACACAGCUGCGCUCAGGGGGUAAAUGCAAAACAAACAUGCCUCACACAUGCUUCCCCCUCAGCUGUCAUGGCUCUGCUUUCAAAGAUUCACCCCCCCACCUCCCCUCCUCAUGACCCACCUCUAGACACACACACACACACAUUGCACUGCGCCUCUCCCUUUGCUCACUUCCACGAUGUCCACUGGCUCUAAGCUGCAGCCCCCCAUCGCAGGGUCUGAGAGACAGCCGCACGGCCAACCCAGGAAGGCUUUUUAAUUAACUAACGCUGAGCCAUGUGGAGGCUGUGGACGGCAGUAUAGUGUGUCAGGACAGACAGGGCCGUCUGUCUUCUAGUUGGUUUAUUGUAGACUGUUCCUCUGCUCAGUGCGCACUGACAUACUGGCCUUCAGUAGCUCAGGUUUACACAAUACAUGCUCACAGUUUUCACUCUUUUCUGUGUAUUUUAUUCUCUUAAACAUCUCCACAGAAGCAUUGUUAAUGCGAGAUCUUCCUCCUGUAUGCUGAAAAACUUUUCUCAUUUUCUAAUACUACUGAAGUCAGGCAAUCAGUAUAGGAGUAAAUAUAUGAUAAAUAUGUGUGUGCUGUUGUGUGCAUGUACAUUUUUGUGCAUGCAAAAUGGAUUGAAGUGUUAUCAGACUUUUGGAAAAGUUACUAAUUAGAUGUUAUGUUUUAUUUUGUGAGACAAUUUAUCGAGUGUAUGACUUUUUAUCAUUUGGUGGUACAUGGUAAAAAUUGUAUUUUCAGAGUUGUUUUGACAUUGUUUUUCUCUCGAUACGUAAUUCUUACGAGUUUCAAAAGUUUUUUUUUUUCUCAAGUUUUUGUGGCUUUAAGCUGUUUUUUUUUAAAUGCUUGUGUUACAUUUUGUGUGUGAUUAAAGUACAAUAAGUUAUUGCACUUCUAUUCAGAUUCAGUAUUUGUCUUUCAGUUUGUUAGGAAAUGCCGUACAUGCCCGACAAGGUUUACACAGAAAAAGCCACAGUAUAUAAAGGUUCGAAUUUCUUGCAAGGUAAUGUUGGUGAGUUCUGAAACCACCGUUACCACACAGUGCAGAGAAAAAUCAAGACAGCUAUUCUCCUAUUAGUAUUUAGAGGUCACUCAAGUCGCUCCCAGUUUCAAGAAAGGACUUUCAAGUGAUCAACUAAACAUACUGGUUGGCCACAACUUGCGAGUAAGUUGUCUGAAUUUGCAGGGUCUUACUGCAUUGCACCACCCUGCCAAAAUAUUGUGUCAUCCCUGUAGUUACAUUCUCAAAUCCCCACACAUUUCAGUCCCUUUGAAGGGACUAAAGUGCUGAAAUGAGAUCGCACAACCCGCAAGAGUGUCACACUAAUUGAAGUUGACAAAAAUACGAACUGCGCCCUUUUGAACUGCUGACAUUGAACAGGGUGGAUUAGGCAGCGUAUAUUAACAACAGGUGACAGGCUGGAGGGAGCAGUGGAUUGUCUGUGUCAUGGAGGGUCUGCUCCGGACGCUCUGAGGUUCAAGACUGGAGUAAAGACAGAUAUGAAAAAGUAUUACUUCAUCUUCUUCCCAACUAACUCAUACAUAGAUUGCAAAAAAAAAAGGGACAUUAAAACUGUGAGACGGGGUGUCUUUAGUUAUGUAUUACAAAGUCAUAUAUGUACACUUAGAUACAUAAACUCAGUCAAAAAUUUAAAACAAUUUCACUGACCUUCUGAAAUAAAAAAAAUAAAAAAGGCAAAUAAAAACAUGAAAAGGAAGUGUUAACAUCUUAAAGACUGCACUGCUCUGUGUUGGUCUAAAUACUGAAGCUGGGACAAGUAGUGAUGAAAGGACAAAAAAAUAUAACACACACACACACACACACACACACAAACACACACACACCAUGUAUAAUAAAAGAAUAAAAAAAGGAUUGCAUCAACAGUUUGUACACAUCUGUUUUAAAAAGUGUGGUUUGGAAGUUGUCUCUAUACUAUACAGUAUGUUUGUCAAGCCCCAGGCAUACUCUCAUGUAGUGUUCAAACACAUAAACGCAUGAAAUGACUUAGUGGAUGCUUCAAUGAGCAUCACUGCUUUCUUUAUGAAUGAACAAAAAAACCCAGUAUAACCAGAAAGUCUAAAAAUUCACAAGUCAAGAUGUUCCAGUAGCUCAGCAUCGAUAUUUUAAAAUCAGCAGUUACUCACUUUACAUAAAAGAUUUAUGGUACCAGCUUGGUCCAAUCUUGAUUGCGUAAAACAGACCGUAUGUGGCCGUACGCUUUCUGUACAUCAUCUGUUAGCCACCAUGCUGUGUGCUCAUCACAUUCAAUUAGCCAUUAGAUAAAGCUACAUAGAUAUUUCUCUGAAUUAUUUCCUAUAUAUCAUGUAAAUUAAACUUUGAUCACUGUUCCUUUUCACACAGCACGGCUAAAAGAAUCAGGUCCAUGU